AAUUGGCCGUCUGCAAGGACGUGGCCAGGGGACGCCCAGAUGUUUUACCAUCCUGUGGGGGGCUUCUCUCAUGUCCCUGCAUGGAAAACUGGAGCUGACAGAUGGGAGCUCAUUGUGUCUCGCAGAUUCGAGCCACUGACUUUCAAGUCUUCAGAUGACAGCAUCAGACCUUUUACACCAGAGCAAGCCAAAGAAAUUGUAAUGUCUCUCCAGAAACCUGCCGUCUUCUGCAACAUGACUUUUGACUGGCCAGUACUUCAUUGGAAUGUUUCAUAUCUUGCUAAUCUAUUUAAAGGAAAGAGAAUACGUUUUAGAAUAGGAAAAAAGGAUAUGGGGACAGCUCCUCUGUUUGAAACAGAGUGCAGUUAUGUAGAAGCUACACUUGAAGAGUUUCUUGCCUGGAGUGGAAGACGGCCUUCUUGCUCUUCUGGACCAUUCAAGGCUUACGAUUUGCAUAAGUACUGGACUUAUGCUGACUAUAAGUACAUUGCUCAGUUGUUUGAAGACAAGCCAGAGCAUUUCCAGGAUGUAAUAUGGUCUGAUUUUGGAUUUGAGGGACGCAAUGGAAGAGAUAGUACUUUGUGGAUUGGCUCAAGAGGAGCAAACACUCCAUGCCAUUUGGACUCCUAUGGCUGCAAUUUAGUGCUACAAGUACAGGGAAGGAAAAGGUGGUAUCUCUAUCCUCCUGAAGAUUCCAGUUUUCUUUGUCCUACCAGAUUUCCCUAUGAAGAGUCCAGUGUUUUCAGCAAAGUCAACGUAAUCGAUCCUGAUUUGAGAAGUUACCCACAGUUCAAGAAAGCACAGGCCCAUGUAAUGACGCUUGAGCCUGGCCAGGUGCUGUUUGUUCCCAGACACUGGUGGCAUUAUGUAGAAUCCAUUGACCCCAUCACUGUUAGCGUAAAUUCUUGGAUUGAAUUGGGUGCAGAUCAUGAAGCCCGCGUAGAAGAGGCAAUAACUCGGACACUGAUAUGUGCAGUCAAAUCAAUAGAAAACCCUGCUGCGUCAGAUGCCUGGCUCAAUCCUACUGAGGUUGAAAUAACAUCUCAUGAAACCAACCUCAAAUACUUAAAUGGAGCUGUUUCUGCAUAUUUAGAGCAUAAGAAGACCAGUACAAUUGAACACAGACUUAGUGGAUCUCAGGAUGCUGAAGGGAUUCUUCAAGACCCAUGUAAAAAAAGGAAAAUCCAAGCAAACCCAGAAGCACAGGACAUAAGAGUCAAGCCCUGUGAAUCUCAUCUAGCGAGAAUCAAAACAAAAAACAUGGGGGAAAAUCCCUUUGGACCAAAUCUCUUGCAGGUUUUACCACAGUCUCAGAAAACACAUGCAAAAGAAAUAGCUGAGCAGAGCUCCCAAGGCCUUUUUAGUGGAAAUGAUGGACGCUUUGGAAAAUUGCACCCUGCAGGGAACACAUUUGGAAAGGAUAGUGAUUCCAGGGCAUUUGUUGAUCAGAAGGAUACAAACUUGAGUGCUGACUCCCCCAAAACAGUCAUUAGCACAAAUGAUUUGCUAGACUGUGUGUUGCAUCCCUGUGUUGUCAGUCUAAUGGCUCAUCUUUUGCUGGAAAGAACAAGUGUUUAACAUUCUAUGUAUUUCCCUUUCUGAAAAAUAAAGGCUUAAUAUCAAA